GUUGCACUUCAUUUUAUCAGUUUCCAUUUUAAGACCAAUCCAAACAAUUGAUUAACAGUUACAAUUAAAGCUCCAGUCACGUUCUACCUUUUUUCCCUCAUUGAUUCUUUAAAAAUUAAGUUUAACCUUCUAAAUACAUCCACGUAUCGUAAUUAGAGUAAAAAACAUUCAUCAUUAAUGGUUAAUCUUUGUGAUUAAUUUUUCUACUUGAUUGUUGUUAUUUGAAAAGCGUUGAUUGAAAAUUAGUUUGGGAUCAGUUUUCUAGUUGAUUAUUGUUGCUUUCAAGGUUUUAAAUUGAAAUUUGUGUAAUUUUCUUUCGGGAAUUAAUUGUAAAAUUGAUUGUUGACAUAAUGGACUCAAAUCAAUUCCGAGAAGCUUCAAAACAACUUGUUGAUUAUGUUUGUGAUUAUCUGGACAAUAUAAGAGAUCGUCCAGUUUUACCAAGUGUUGAACCUUUUUACCUGGAGAAACUUUUGCCUGAUUCAGCACCGGAACAAGGUGAAACUUGGCCUGAAAUCUUCAAAGAUAUUGAAAAGUUAAUCAUGCCAGGGAUGACACAUUGGCACUCACCUCGAUUCCAUGCUUACUUCCCAACGGCCAAUUCAUAUCCCUCAAUUUUGGCCGACAUUUUAACCGGUGCUUUGGGUUGUAUUGGUUUCAGUUGGAUCGCAAGUCCAGCCUGUACUGAAUUGGAAAUGUCAAUGAUGGAUUGGCUUGGUAAGAUGUUAAAUCUACCGGAAGAGUUUCUAUUUUCCUCUGGUGGUAAUGGUGGUGGAGUAAUUCAAGGAACAGCAAGUGAGGCUACACUUGUCACCAUGUUGGCAGCUCGAAGUGAAGCAUUAGGGAAAAUGUCCAACGAAACAAAAUCAUUGGAUAAAUUGGUUGCUUACUGUUCAACUCAAUCUCAUUCAUCGGUUGAACGAGCUGGUCUUUUAGCCGCAGUCAAAAUUUCCGGCCUCGAACCAGAUGAGAAUCUAUCUCUUCGAGGUUCAACUUUACUCGAAGCAAUUCAAUCUGAUCGAGCCAAAGGUUUAAUCCCAUUCUUUGUUGUUGCCACCUUAGGAACCACUAAUAGCUGUGCAUUUGACAAUAUCACUGAGAUUGGUAAAAUAUGUCAACAGGAAGGUAUUUGGAUGCAUAUUGAUGCUGCUUAUGCUGGUUCAGCAUUUAUCUGUCCUGAGUAUCAACAUUAUCUCAAUGGUGUUGAGUUUGCUGAUUCUUUCAACAUGAAUCCUCAUAAAUGGUUACUAAUCAAUUUUGAUUGUUCAGCUUUAUGGCUCAAGAAUCGUAAUCUACUCGCAGGCGCUUUCAAUGUUGAUCCACUUUACCUGAAACAUGAUAAACAAGGACAAGUUCCUGAUUAUCGGCAUUGGCAAAUUCCGUUGGGUCGUCGAUUCCGUUCAUUGAAAAUGUGGUUCGUAUUGAGAAUCUAUGGAGUCAAAGGAUUACAAGAAUACAUCCGAAAGCAUGUUAAACUGGCUCAUGAUUUUGAGGAUUUGCUGAAAACUGAUCAACGAUUUGAGAUCACAAAUCCAGUUGUCCUUGGAUUAGUUUGCUUUAGAUUGAAGGGAUCUGAUGAAUUGAAUGAAAAAUACGUGAAAACAAUUAACGAUCAUAAGAAAAUCUUCAUCACCCCGUGUCGCAUAAAUGGCCAGUACAUAAUUAGAUUUGCGAUCUGCGCCCGAUCAACCGAGAUACAAGAUAUUCACUUCUCAUGGAAUGAACUUAAAUCAGUUGCUGAUCAGAUGCUAACUGAAUCAAAUUAAAUCACCACAAUUAUUAUUAUUCAAUCGAUACCAAAAGUAUUGCUAUUAAUCAAUCGGUGUUUUGAUUUUAUUAGAAAAGAAGAAGAAAAAAAAAGAUUCUAAUUCUAAUUAGAAAUGAUUGUUUAAAACUUGUAACUUACUUUGUUAUGUUAAUUGUUUCAAUUUAAUUGUUAAUUGUUGUAAUGAUUUUCAACUGCAUAUAAUCAAUAUGAAGAUUAAAACUGAAAAAGUUUCAAAAUAACCCGAAAAAGUAAAAGUUUUCAAUUGUUAAUAAAC